CGCGCGGGACCGCGAGCACCGCAGCCUCCACCGCACCCGCCGCUGGCCGGGCCUAGGGAUCCGCCGCGCUCGCUCCGGGCCGACUCACUUUCCACGCGGGACGGGGGCUGGCGGACCCCGGGUACCCCGCCCUAGCGGUCCCGGCAGGUGCAGGCGCCCGGCGCGAGCGCUCCCAGCUCCGCGGGCCCCUCCGGCAGCGCGCCGCGCCAAUCCGCGCGGGCGCAACUUUCUUAAAGAGACAGGUGGCCUGAAUCCGUGUUUACCUGGGGCCCCGACUCGGCCUCCUGGCCUGUCCGCACCGCCCUCCCCGGCCCCCAGCAAACACCCGUUGCGGGAGAGAGAGGGGGCUGCAACAGAUCUCCACACCCACCCAUCUGCUUUCCCCCUGGGCAGUGACGGACUGCAAGUUUUUAAUGCACCCAGCAUCCUUUUGCAACUUAAUUAUUUGGGCCUAAACCACCCUCCCACUCACUGCUCCUCAACGCAUGCUCGCGGGAGUGCAGUUUGGGGGGCCACUACUGGCAAAGUUUGAACAGGGGUGUCCCUACCCCCUGCGCCACACCCCACCCGGAGCCCCCGGGGCGUGCAAGGCUCGCUGCUGCUGGGAAACGUCCGCUGCAAUCCCCUUGACCCUGCCCUGUAACUGACCCCUUGGGGAAAAGCCCCCCUACUUAGCUACUGCGCAUGCUCUGAGCUGGACAGCUCCAGAGAGGGAAAUUUAAAAACGGUUCGAGCUGCGACGGCGGCCAAAUUGCGGAACGCGAGGGGCGAGCGCGAGGGAGCCCCCCCCUCUUCGGAAACCCCGGCCCGCCCCAGGAGCGCCUGCGGCGGCGGCCCAGCCAGGAUCGGCUCCAGGUACCGCCUUGCACGGUCUGCUUUGCUUCCCUCUUCCCGGGCAGUGCCCGGCAUUGCAUUUCCUGGGAGCGGGGAGACUCGGGGCAGGGGUUGCGGGGGGCUGCCUCUCUCUGCUCCCCUUUCCUCAUUUCCAAGAAUCCUUGAUAACUUUGGGGGCGGAUCUGAGAGUCUAGUGGGUUUCUGUGUUCGUUUCAGGCUCAGAGUUUGGGAAACUUAAGGGAGAUUUCUUUUAAAGACUGUUUGUAUGUAGCGGGGGUGGGGGGCUGAGGAUGGAGUGGUGGUGGUAGUGGUGGGGGUUUGGAUUGGUUUUCCAGCUAGGGCAUGUGACAUUUCUGAAGCCAGUUCCAGGGUGGGAGCCCUGCGGAGAUUAUUUCCUUUGCAAGUGGGAAUUUGGCUCCCCCAGAGAAACAUCCAAGACUUAUCAGGCUGUCCUUUUUUAUUUUUUCCAAAGUGGUCCUAACUGAGCUGUGGUUGACAAUACUAGGCUUGGAAGGGAAUCAGGUUUUUCUGAUUCCUAUUUUGCAAGUCCACGUUUUCCAGGACUUGACAUUUGGCUUCUAGAGACUUCCUUUGCCCUUCCCCCAUUAAUUUGAAAGAGCCUGGAAUUUCAUUCCAUUCUCUUCAUUUGCUUCUAAAACCCUGUAGAACUGCCCUGGAAAAGUGACUUGUGACUCCCAGGAAUUCUCUAGUUUUUUUUUUUUUUUUCCAAAGUGUUCUGUUGGUUGAGCUCUAUCCUUUUGAAUUGGGGGAAAACUAUGAGUUUUCCAUCCUGUCCACAUCGUUGCUGAUGGCAGUUUUGUUUUCUGCUUGUCUUUUUCCCAAGGAGAUGAUAGAAAGUGACAUAUCAUCCAUGAUGUCAGGAAUUAUUCGAAACUCAGGGCAAAAUCACCACCCCUCUCCACAGGAAUACAGGCUCCUGGCCACCACCUGCGACGAUGACCUUCCCGGGGACCUGCAGUCGCUGUCGUGGCUCACAGCCGUGGAUGUGCCGAGGCUGCAGCAGAUGGCGAGUGGCCGUGUGGACCUGGGCGGCCCCAGUAUGCCACACACGCACCUAGGUGCCUUGGCCAGGGCGGCUGACAUGCAUGUGGCAGCCACCCCAGGCCACCUGCUCCAAGGCCCUCCUGGCAUGGCCCCCCAAGGCGUGCUGGGUCUGAGUCCCCUGACCAACCACGGAGCCAGCCAAAUGAACCAGUGCGCUGUGGGGGGCCAGCCCUCGUCCAGCCUACAGAACCCACCGCAGCUGUACUCUGCCGCCUCGCAACCUCAGUUCCCGCUACCCCCAGGUGUCCAGCAGUGCGCUCCUGUGGGCCUGUAUGGCUCCCCGUUUGGGGCACGGCCUCCCUACCCCCAGCCCCGCAUGGCUGUGCCUUCAUCCCAGGAACUGCACCCCAAACAUUAUCCCAAGCCCAUCUAUUCCUACAGCUGUCUGAUCGCCAUGGCCCUGAAGAACAGCAAGACAGGAAGCCUGCCUGUGAGCGAGAUCUAUAGCUUCAUGAAGGAACACUUCCCCUACUUCAAGACAGCUCCGGACGGCUGGAAGAACUCUGUGCGGCACAACCUGUCCCUGAACAAGUGCUUUGAGAAGGUGGAGAACAAGAUGAGCGGCUCCUCGCGCAAGGGAUGCCUGUGGGCCCUGAACCUGGCCCGCAUCGACAAGAUGGAGGAGGAGAUGCACAAGUGGAAGAGGAAGGACCUGGCUGCCAUCCACCGGAGCAUGGCCAACCCCGAGGAGCUGGACAAGCUGAUCUCGGACCGGCCGGAAAGCUGCCGACGCCCUGGCAAGCCAGGGGAGCCUGAGGCCCCAGCGCUGACCCACGCCACCACAGUGGCCAUGGCCCACAGCUGCCUGGGCGUCUCCCAGCUCCCACCCCAGCCACUGAUGACCCUGUCCCUGCAGUCGGUCCCCUUGCACCACCAGGUACAGCCCCAGGCACAUCUGGCCCCGGACUCUCCUGCCCCGGCCCAGACCCCACCUCUGCACGCCCUGCCGGAUCUGAGCCCCAGCCCCCUCCCCCACCCCGCCAUGGGAAGGGUGCCCGUGGACUUCAUCAACAUCAGCACCGACAUGAACACCGAGGUGGAUGCCCUGGACCCCAGCAUCAUGGACUUCGCUCUGCAGGGGAACCUCUGGGAGGAGAUCAAGGAUGAAGGCUUCAGCCUGGACACGCUGGGGGCCUUCGGAGACUCCCCGCUGGGCUGUGAGCUGGGGGCCUCAGGCCUGACCCCAGUCUCUGGUGGCAGUGACCAGUCCUUCCCAGACCUUCAGGUGACCGGUCUCUACGCUGCCUACUCGACCCCGGACAGUGUGGCCACGUCAGCCACCACCUCUUCCUCUCAGUACCUGGGCGCCCCAGGGAACAAGCCAAUAGCCCUGCUUUGACCUGACCGCCUCGCCUGCCCCAGAACAUGGGCCCUGGAAGGAUGCUCAUGGAGCCGGGUGUUGUCAGAAGAAGGGCCCCCUACCCUCCCACAGGCCUCUGAACUGUGGCUACUGGCUGACCUUGCCUGACCUCCAGGGGAAGUUUCUGGGCCCUCCUCAAGUCAGCAGGACAGAAGAGUGGACAAGGCCCCCGUGACGCUCCUCCGAGGCUCAAGAUGCGAGGCCUGGCCGAGCUGAGAACAAGGUCUCUCCAGUCUGCCUCCCCGCUGGUUCCUGAACGACCUGCAGCCCACUUUGGGACAGGUGCUCCACGGAAACACCCCGGUGGGAAGGCCUUUAAAUUAUUCUCCUGGGAUGAAACACCUGUCUCAGUCUCCAGCGGAUAGGCCCCGAGGCCGGGGUGGGCUGGCAGACUGUCCAGCCUUCGUGGACCAGAGAAGGCUGAACUCGGAACCGGGCACCUGCCCCACUGGCUGGCAGCCCCCUUCCCUCGUAGUCUGUUAGGUUUCACAGGCAGAUUCCUGAGCCGCACCAGGCACUGUGACCCUAUGUACCUUUAUUUAUAUUUAUUGGAGCCCAUCCACGCCACCUCUUCAAACCUCGCCCGUGGCCCGUGGAAUGAGAUUCCAUGAUCCCUCCCUGCACCCCUAAAUGAUCCAUAUAUCACAUCUCCAACUGACUCUUAAGCCCUCUGCAGUCUUGGGCUGCUUUUUUUAGAAAAAGCAAGCACUUUUGAUACAGUGAAACAUCCUAUGUUUUUAAAAUUAGAGACUGGAUAUUUUCCUAAUGCUUAGUCAUGAUUCAAAACUCUUGAAAUGUGCACCUAAGAAGGGAGACUUCUAGUUUGGAUUUUGGGGGCUUUCAAGUCAGGAUGGGAUGGGAGGAAUGGGAAGGGGUUUUUUGUACUGGAAAUGAAGACACUCCUGAUGGAAAGAAAGUUAAUUGUGAACCAGGUAAAGCCACUGACCCACGUGGCUAGUGGGGCUCUAGAAGCUGCAAUGCAGAGUAUUUAUUGGCACUUGUUGGCCUGUCUCAUUGCCCCAUGACCUUCUUUAUGUCUUUUUUCCCUCUCUUGUUGCCAGUGACUGACUUUCCAAGUGGCAGUUUCUACAGAUAGUUGGCUUAGAGGGGAGCCAGGUGAAUGGGAAAAAAGCCAGGGAUCAUCCAGCUAAGCUGAG